GGGUCUUGUUGCGACAGCGAGGGCGCUGGACUGGCGGCUUUGGCGGGCUUGUUAUUUGGUGGUCGGUUUCUUGGGGCCCACAUGAACCAAUGGCAACAUGCUCGCGGCGGCCGGGUUCAGGGACACGUCUUUUCCCGACGCUCUUCAUCUAAGAGGAAGGGCAGAAACCACAUCCCGGAAAGGUGGAAAGACUAUCUCCCACUUGGACAACGGAUGCCUGGGACUCGUUUCAUUGCUUUCAAAGUUCCUUUGAAAAAGAAUUUUGAAGAGAAGCUUGCUCCAGAAGAACGUUUUUCACCCAUAGAUCUUUUUAGGAAAAUCCAAGAGCAGAAUGAAGAACUUGGACUGAUUAUUGAUUUAACGUAUACCCACCGCUAUUAUAAACCAGAGGACUUACCAGAAACUAUUCCUUACUUAAAGAUUUAUACGAUUGGGCAUCAGGUGCCUGAUGAUGACACUGUUUUUAAAUUCAAAUGUGCUGUUAAUGAGUUUUUGAAAGAAAAUAAAGACAAUGACAAACUUAUUGGUGUCCACUGUACCCAUGGUUUAAAUAGGACUGGCUACCUCAUCUGCAGAUAUUUGAUUGAUGUAGAAGGCAUGAGGCCAGAUGAUGCGAUUGAAUUAUUCAAUAGGUGCCGGGGACAUUGCUUAGAAAGACAAAACUACAUUGAAGACCUUCAGAAUGGUCCCAUCAGAAAGAAUCGGGAUUCCGGUGUAUCCAGAUCAAGUGGUUUUGAAGACGUAACACAUAUGAUGGAACCAGUCCACACCACUAAUAAGUCUGUUAACCAAGGACCUAGGUAUAACCUGCAUCAGACCCAAGGUUACCCAAUACCUUCUCGGCAUUUCCACACCCAGAGUCGAGAUUUGCAGCAGUCAGUAAGGAAAUUUUCACAGCAUCAGUACAUUUACCAGAGAGGCCAUAUCCCUCCUCCUGGUCCCUCUGGAGAGGACUAUUCACAGAGGAGGUACUCUUGGAAUGUAAAGCCAAGUGCCAGAGAAGCAGCCCAGAAUGAAAGGUGGUAUCCUGGCAGUUACUACAGACAACCCUAUCCAACCUAUUGUGGAUGGACUGAGUGACACAGACCUAUCCUGGAAUCUAUCUGGAGUCAGAGCAGACCUGAAGACAGCUGGAGUGACUUUUUAUAAGAUCAGGUCAAAUGCGGUUUAUAAUCUAUUUAAUUGCUCCCUAUGUGUUCAAGACUAAGGAAAAAUUAUAUUGAUACUUACCUCUUUGCUGAUAAAUCUGUAGUAUUUGCCACAGUGAGGGAAAUGAUCUGUCAUUCCAGUCUUAAAGUUUUUUAAAGGAAGAUGAUAUUUUAGAACUGAUAGAGAACUUCCCUUGUAAAUUAUUUUUAAAAAUUCUGUCUUCCUUUUCUUUGUAUUUCCUUCUGACUAGAUUUGUGAUAUGAG